AUGAGGCCGCACCUCCUCAGCCUCGCUCUCCUCCUGGCCGCCACGGCGGCCGCCGUCGUGCCCCUAGUCUCACCGUUGUGCGUCUCGCGCUACGAGAAGGUCGAAAGAAAGGCAAUGUCCCUUGAUGGAUAUGGACCUACUACUAACAAUGGUGUCGAGAAGCCCAAGGAGGAGAAGCCCUAUGAGGAAGCCGGCACUUCCACUAAGGCCUCCACCGCCUACGUGAAACCCGGUGAAGAAGCUGAAGCAGCAGCCAGCACCUCCACAUCGGCUUCGGAGAAGGUAAAGAAGGAGAAAUCCAAAGAGAAGGGGAAAUCAGAUGAUUUUGAUGUACCCGCGUUUCUUAAGAAGAAAAAGAAGGAGAAGUCCGACGACUAUGAUGAGAAGGAGAAGAAGAAGUCUGAUGAUUUUGAUGUAUCCGCAUUUCUUAAGAAGAAAAAGAAGGAAAAUAAGGAGAAAUCUGAUGAUUCUGACGAAUCCUCCUCUUCCUCCUCGUCUUCUAAGAAGAAGAAGAAGGAGAAGUCUGACGCCAGCUCCGCCGAUUAUGUAUCUCCUAAUAAGGAAAAGAAGGAGAAAUCUGUUGACUCAGACAGCGAUGAUGCAUCAUCUAAGAAGGAAAAGAAGGAGAAAAAAGCCAAGAAAAAGGAUAAAUCCAGUGGUUAUUUUGACAAGGAAAAGGAGGAGAAACCUGAUGAGGAUGCCAAGCCCGUCGACGUCUCCACCAGCGGGGAGUACGUACCUCCAAAGGAGAACAAAGGCGAUGAGGCUGCCAGCACCCAGCCCAUAGGCCCCAUGGAUGCUCCCGACGAGCUCCCGCCGGCGGCCAAGAGCUCCGCCAGCAGCAGCCAGCCCAUGGGGGGCAUGGACUCUCCCGACGAGCUUCCGCCAUCGGCCAAGAGCUCCCAGCCCAUGGGGGGCAUGGACUCCCCCGACGAGCUUCCACCGUCGGCCAAGAAGAGCUCCUCCGAUCCGUACGCCGGGCAGCCCGCCGACCCGGCGAAGCCGUCGGUGUCGACGGAAACCUUCGGGGGGAUAAUCAAGACGCCGCCCAACAUCAACAUGCUGAACCCGGUGGUGAAGCAAGUGUGCAGCGGGACGACGUACCCGUACGACUGCGAGGCGUCGAUCGCGGGGCUCCACGGCAGCGCGAUGCCGGCAGCGAAGGCGGCCGGCGACGGCGAGGACGUGCUUCGGCUGGCGAUGGAGGCGGUCCGGGAGAAGGUGAUCGUGGCGAUGAACGCGGCGGCGGACCGGAUCAACACGCCGGGGAUGGAGGCGACGGUGAAGGAGGCGCUCGACGACUGCACGCAGUCGUACAGCGACAUCAAGGCGAGCCUGGAGAGCGUGGACGCGGCGCUCAAGCGCGGCGACAUGGCCACGGCGCGCACCAACCUCGACUCAGUGGAGACGGACGUGACCACCUGCGACGAGGGCUUCAACGAGCGCGGCGCCCCUUCGGUGAUGACCGACCAUGACAAGGAGCUCCAGAAGCUCGCCAGCGACCUCAUCUCCAUCGGCGCCACCGCCAUCCCCAAAUACUAGAUCGAGAGUAUGAUUGUGAACUCUUCAUAUGUUGAACUCCGACUGCAGCUGACCAUGUAUAUGCAGCUGCAUUAUUUGUAUCAGUGUAUGAUUGUGAAUCCAUCCUGCUGAUUUAUAUAGAAAACAAGCUAAGUGUAUGAUUCUGAAUU